GGCGGCACACAAGACCGGGCGAGGGAUCUCGGCGAUGGUCCGCGCGAUCGAGCAGCACAAUAGGUGGAAGGCGCAGAUGCGGUGGGCGCACCUGCGGGAAACGAUGAAGAAGUACCACAUCAUAUCUUUCAUGCAGAAGCAGGCCGAGGCAAGCAAGCGCAUGAGAGAUGGCACAGCGUCUGGCCUGCUGAGACGAGAGAACACCGACAAUUCUCGGACUUUCUGGGAGAACAUGAGGAGAGCGUGGGGAGACACCAGCGCCUGUGGGCCCAACCCUGAUAGGAUGAGCGAUUUCGCGAUCCAGAGUCGCGCCGCAGCGAUGAGCAUGCUUAUCAUGCUGGUUGUGGAUGGUAUACCCGAGGGCAUCCUCAUGGGAUUUAUGUCGGCAUCCGGAAGUCUGAGCUUUACUUUCGUUUUGUCGCUGGUUAUCGCCAACUUCCCCGAGGGCUUUGCAGGAGGUGUGCUCAUGGAGCAGGGGGGUGUGCCAUACAUCCAGAUACUCCUCGCGUGGGCCAUCCCGAUGCUGCUGACCGCCACCGGUGCCGGCAUCGCCUGUCACGUGCUCCUGUGGCUGAACCCGACAUAUACCGGAGGCCACACCAACCCGUACAACAUCCAGGUGGCGACGCGCGCGCCGAGAAAUCUUGCAGUACGGCCUCCGUGGCGGGCGCUUGCUGGCCAUGCUGCUCGGGCAAUGAUGUGCUGCAAGAUGUCCGUAGCUACUCAAUGCUCGGGUCGGACGCACGCCUCCAAGGAGGACACGAAGGUCUAGUGUGUCCUUCUGCGUCCCAUCCACGUUCGACAUGGUGACGUGUUAACGUUUACUCCCGCCGCUCUUCGCCGACCUUCCGCGGCCGGACACGCCGCCGUUUGUCGACGGCGAGCGACAAGGGGAAGCGAGAAGGAGGAGGCCUUCUCAGAAAGCUCGGAAGUCCUCCAGCCUUCUGGGAAGUUUUCGGAGCCUUCUCCGAAGAUGCAGAACACUUCUCAGAAGGUGCGAGGGGUUCUGAGAGGUCCCGCCGUCUUCUGAGGAGGCCUUCUCCUUAUCACUUCCCUCCCUCGCCCGCUGCCGACUUUGGAGAAACCCAAACAAAGGUACCGAUACCGCUGCUCCCCGGACCUCUCCCAGGGUGCGUUCUGACCAGGAUUGCGAGGCGAAUCCACCAGUGGCGACGAGGGCAUCACAAGAGGCCCAGAAUGGCGACGAGUAACCUUUUCUCCUCAGACUCUGGCUUCCCCUCGAUACUUGUCUUUUUCGAUAGAACCCCCUGCCGGGUCGAUUCGCCAAUUGCGCCCGUCUAUUUGGCCCUCGCGGGGGCGGUGUGGCCGCGGUGUGUUGUUCAGGAGGAGCAAAAACACACAGACACAAUUCAUCGUCGAUUCCCAGG